GACACGGCCGGCUAUGAUGCGCUUUUUCGCUUCUGCAUAGCCCCAAGUCACUUACUUACCCACCACGCAGCAUCGCCGUUCUGCAAUGGUCGCAUCGCCUGCCACGCAUCCACACACGACGAGCCGCUGCGCCUGUGAUCGACACUGUAGAAACACAAGGUAGGCCGAGGCAGCGCAUGCAGCCAGGCCAUGUCCUUCCGCCGAGCAAGCAGAAACUUUGUCAACCUGGGCAGGCUGUACAGCAUCCCGCCAUGGGGCACUGUGCCGCCAUACGGCCUGGCCCGGCCACCCACCAACAACUCUGUCAACCUGGGCAAUCUCUACGCGCGCAGCCAGCCCAAGUAUCCUCCGGGCUGGGCCUACUUUGACGAUGGCUCCGUCUUCAUCCUGCCCUUUGGGUGGUGCCCCCAUGAUGCUUUGGAGGCGCGCAUGAAGAUUGCCGCGCACUUUGUCGCUGACCCUACGCCCAAGAUGCAGCAGAUGCGGGCCGCGAAGCCACUCAUGAAGCGCCUCAUCAUCAUCAACAAGGACGGCAGCAACUCAGGCCAAAACCCGCUUCGCAUCCUCGCCCGCAAUGUCCAAGACGGACAGCGAGUGUCCGUGGUAGAUCCGCCCUUUGAGAGCGUUGAAUUAGCCCUUGGCCCCUCCGGAAGCCGCCCAGUGUCCACUCGCUUCAGCGACGCUCCCCAGUUGAAGUACCAGCAUCGCGUGCAGAUCGCCGAAGCAUUGCAGACUUUUCGCGGCACGCUUAUCGACGGCACUCUACAGCCCAAUGUGCGCCUGGGAAACGGCCUGCGCCUGUCACCCAAUCCUGAGAUACGAAAACCUCAAGGGGCAGAGAAGAGGCGCGCGCGCGACCGCGAGGCCAACGAACUCCGCGGAAGCACGCACCCGCCUUCAAAAGCCCCUGCGAAGCGCCUGCAUCAGUCAGACGUGCCGAUUCCAAGAGAGCAUACACAAUCUGCGCCCCUAGACAAAUAUACGCCGCCUCCGCCAAAGCAUUCGCCACACGACAAUAUUGAGCAUCGAGAUGCCCAGAUAGCCCAGAGAGAACGGGAGCUUAUACAAAUGCAGCAACAGCUAUCGGCCCAGACUGUGCUUGUACAAAACAGUGCAUUGCACCGGGAACAAGUUGAGCGCGAAUACGCACAACUGGUACACGAACCGACCGGCAUGCCCGCCGGUUCUGUAUCCGAUGCAAGGAUUCGAGAAGCCAGGGCGCGAGAGCGGUCACGUGAAACAAAGGCGGUGCUUUUACGGUACAUUAAACAAAAGGUGGAGCUGUCAGAGUUCAAGACCAAGGUUUCGAUUCUAGAACAACAGCUCGCAGAACAAAAGCUCGCACAGGCUACUGCACACACUCCGCCUCAUCAUAGGUUUCGCCAGCCCGAGACAGAGGUUCAGGGACACGAUGAGAAUAUCCAUGACGAGACUGGAGCACAUCAUGAUGGCUCGAGUGCUGAACAGCUUCGUGACUACAGUCUUGAUAACAUGCCGCCGCCACAGGCCCUGAAGAAUCUGAGAUCCCGCAUCCAAUUACCUACGAGGGAAACAAUGCGCUCAAACGGAGAACCCAAGCAACAAUAAUAAUUAUUUGUUGGUUCCAACGUUUCAUGCGCAUCACGAAUAGACAAUCAUCUCCACGCCUUCCGUGCGUUCGCAAGCACGCUCUACAGGUGCCGUUACAUCCAGUUUGUGGAGCCUGUUCUGAAAAGCAAGCCAACCCAUCCACGCCCAACCAUCCCCAUCCAAAUUUGCGGGCUUUUCGUUGGAAACGAUUCGCAGAAGCUGUUACAUGCUUCAACGCCAGCCAACAAACUGUAAUAUUACUGUACCAUAUCACAACUCACACACGAUACCUUUGCAUACGUAGUAACAAU